AUGCAUAUGGAAACUGGCACCGUCAAACAAUUACUUGAAGAUGAUUCUAGUGACGGGGAUUCCUUUAUCACCUCGAAAGGCUCAUAUGCACCAACCACAAGACCGAGAUCCGGGGCUUGUGUACACUGCAAGUCGCUCAAAGUUCGUUGCCAAGUCUCUCCCGGGGAAACUUCAUGCCAGCGCUGUCAAAUAUAUCGUAUGCCAUGCCAGCCACGAAGUCGCAAGAAAAGGAAGCCUGCCCCUACCCAUGAAGAUCUACAAGAGCGAGCCCAUAUCCAGGAUUGCCGAAUCCGAGCCCUGCUGCUCCAACACGACAAAAUGAAGGAAGACCAGAAAAUCCAGGGAUGGUUUGCGCGUGCAAGUAAAGAUGAUUAUAGCCCAUCUUUAGAUCCUGGAGGAUUCUUUCACAAGGACGAGUCAUCCUGGAACCGCACUCCUACCCCUCCGGAUUAUACCUCUGUCUCUCACCACUCUUCAGAUACAUUGCAGUUCUCCUUGACGGCCCCCGAGAUUGUUAGACAUUGCUCAUUGAGCCCUCGAGAUAUAUCAGAGUUGUUCAUCAUUUAUUUCGACCGAGUCAACCCAUUCUUCUCUAUUCUCGAUCCCGAGCUCCACAAACCUACAAAACUCAUCCACAGUUCUCCCUUUUUGUUCACCGUUAUCUGCUCGAUUGCUUCACGCUACUACACCUCCAAACCGGGUUUAUACUCCAUCGCACUUGAGUUUGCCCGGGAUGCUGCAGGCAAAGCGUUAGUCGGUGGGCAAAAAGGGGUCGAUAUCUGUCAAGCCUAUCUGCUUCUCGGCGUAUACCCUGUGCCCAAGAAGAAGUGGGCUGACGAUCGCAGUUGGUUGUUCCAAGGAAUCGCAAUAAGAAUGGCGAUUGAGUUGGAACUCAACCAGCCUCCCCCUUCGCACUGCAGUCCCCGGGAGUCACUUAAUCGUAUGCGGACCUGGCUAAACUGCUACUGCGUUGAUGGAUCUCAUGCCAUACAGUUUGGGAAAUUGCCAAUGCUUCGCCUUGAUGACUACUUGGCGCGAACAUCGCAAGAGUGGUAUCGGUCUUCCUUCAAUAUACCCUAUGAUGUCCAUCUGGUUGCGUAUGUGCAGAUGAUUUACAUCAUGUCGAGAUGGCGAACGAUCGUGUUCGAUGGAGAUUUGAGUAAAAAGAUACAGGAUGGAUUAGAUAUCGUGAGCGCCGCGAUACAGACGGAAAUUCAGCUGUCGCAGGAAAUGGAGCUUUGGGUUAUCAGGUAUGCAGAAGAAUAUCGACAUAAUCCUCUUCCAAUUUGUGCUUACCGUGGAAACACGACGCAGAUGAUAACUGCCUACCUGCGACUCGUGGUUCUGUCAAUGGGUUUCCGGCAUGCUUUCAAAUCUGGCAUCUCGAGUCAUUCGGAAGUCCUUAAGCGGUCUGUCGAUGCAGCCCGAACAGUCAUCCAGAUCAUGAUCGAAAGGUUAUAUCCCACUGGGGAUUUACGAUACGCCAUGGAGGCACACUUUCUCUACGUCGCCUACGCUGCUGCGUAUCUUGUGAAUCUCCUGCGACCUAAAUUCUUACCGUUACUAAAUGAGGCCACUCAGAACGAGAUUAUCCGUACUGUUACUCGCUUAAUCGAGAUAUUGUCGUCAAGAGAGGUCGCGCUGGAUGGGAGACACACUCCUGCAUUGUACUCUCGUUUUCUUUCCUCCCUAUUGGCCAAAUACAACAUAAUGUCCUGUCCCGAAGCGCGUCCCUUGCAAGGCGACGGGGCAAUUUACCCACAACACGUUCUUCAACAACGUGCUAGCCUUACGCCCCCAAAUGUAUAUUCGUGGCCCGAUAUCAUUAAUACGGAUACGACAACCUUUCAUCACGCUCCCCUUCCCGGUACUGUUUAUCAGCAAAGGGGAGAAGCAGAUAUGGAUUUCAGUCUUACUCACUUCAUGAGGACCGUCGGCGUCUCGAAUUCGUCGCCUUCAUAUGAGUUCACUUCUGCUCAACAUCCACUUCCAUCAUCCAAUAUAAACUCGAACUCGUUUUGCGGAAACUCGCUCAUCGAUUCGACUUGGGCUCAAACUCAUGCCUAUCAUCCUUUUCAUGAUUGGGGACGUAGCUAA